AUGAAUCGGCUCGGCCUCCUCGUCCUGCUGACCGUGGCCGGGCUGGCACUCGGGACAUGGGACAACUGCGGAUGGACUUGCGGCCUCCGACCCAUGGUGUCUGACUCCACAUCUCUUGACUAUGACAUGACACGCAUUGUGGGUGGCACAGAUGCCAAGCCAGGGGCCUGGCCAUGGAUUGUCAGCAUCCAGUAUCCCAGGAUACCAGGCACGAAGCAUUUCUGUGGAGGGUCUCUCAUCAGGGCAGAGUGGGUCCUUACAGCAGCCCACUGCUUCGACAUAAUUUUUAACCCCAGCUUGGCAUAUGUGGUGAUUGGGGCCACCCAGUUGACUCAGCCGGGCCCUGGGGCACAAGUGCGCCAGAUUAAGAAGUUAGUGCGUCACGAAAACUAUGAGAGACAUGACAUGAGCAAUGACAUUGCCUUGCUGGAACUGAACGAGCCUGUCGAGUGCAGUCCCUACAUCCAGCAGGCCUGUGUGGCUGAUGCUAUCCGAGGACUGCUAGUGUCAGAGGGGCACAGCUGCUGGGUGGCUGGCUGGGGUGCCACCUCUUCACAAGAUAAAAGCCCAAGUGAUCGCCUGCAGGAGGCCAAGGUGCAUGUCAUCAAUGUCCAGCUUUGCAACAGCACUGGCUGGUAUGCAGGGAAAAUCCACACCCACAACUUGUGUGCUGGUUACGCACAGGGCAACAUCGACACCUGCCAGGGUGACAGCGGUGGUCCUCUCAUGUGCCAGGACAACGACGCUGAGUACUGGUGGGUUGUUGGAGUGACCAGCUGGGGACAAGGCUGUGGCAAAGCAAAGCGGCCUGGAGUCUACACCUCCACUCAGUACUUCUAUGACUGGAUUCUGGCCCAGAUGGGCACAAAGAAUAUUUAA